AUGACACUACUAAAUGAUCCUGAUCAUGUGAAGAUAAAGACAGAGAAGGAUUCUUGGAAUUUUGGAAAGGCAUCUGAUCAGAUGCUGAAGAACAAGGAAAGGAUUGACAUUGAGAAGAAUGAGAAUUACAUUGAACUAGGCGAAAGAAACCAGGCGAAAGAAACCAAUAUUGAUGCAAGACUAAAGCCACGAAAAUCUUUGAAAGCAAAGUUAGAGGAGCUGCCACCAUUGCCCCGUUCCUCAAACUGUUAUAUCUAUAGAGUUCCACAGCGUCUAUGCCAAGAAAAUGAAAAAGCUUAUGCACCUCAAGUAGUCUCCAUCGACCCUCUUCACCAUGGGAAACAACACUUAAAAUCGAUGGAAAAAGAAAAACAGAGGUACCUGAAAGAGUUCCUUGAACGGACUGGUGCAAAAUUGGAGGAUCUGCUCAACUUAAUCACAGAAAAGGAACAACAAUUGCGUAGCUGUUAUGCUGAAGAAAUAGAAUUUGAUCGUGAGGAAUUUGUGGAAAUGAUCUUGGUGGAUGCAAUGUUCAUCAUUGAAGUGUUAUUGAGGUCUCAGUUCCGAGAUUUACAAAACCAAGAAGACCAUAUAUUUGAAAAGCCAUUUUUUAUACAAGAUAUAUGGUACGAAAUAUGGUUGCUUGAGAAUCAGAUUCCAUUUUUCAUUCUUCAGGAUAUUUUUAACCUGGAGACUAUCUCUGAAUUAGUGAAGAAUUGGAAACCAAUCAUCGAGCUUACAUACGAAUUUUUCAAGAGUUUAGAAGCAGUAAAUGGCAAAUUAAAGAAGUUCGAGAACAAUAACGUGGAAGUGAAACAUUUCACUGACUUUAUAAGAACUUGUCAUCCACCAUUAGUUAAAUCGGCUCCACGUCCAAAGAAAAGAAAAGUUGUAACUGCACCAAGUGUGAUCCAACUCAACCAAGCUGGAGCGAAGUUCAAAAAGAGCGAAAGCAACGAGUCAUUUGAUAUAACAUUCACAAAGGGGAAUUUGGAAAUUCCACAGCUAAAACUUCAUCUUGAAACUGAAUCUUUGUUUCGGAAUUUGAUUGCUUUUGAACAACAUCAUUACGUGGAUAAUUAUAUUAACAAUUAUGUUUUUAUCAUCAAUCAUCUUUGCAAUACUUCGAAGGAUGUUGAACUGCUUGUUCAAGAAAAGAUUAUUGAAAAUUGGUUGCCGGAUAAAAAGUGUAGGUUUUUCAGAGUUCAAUUAGCUAAGAGAAAGAAGGGUUUUCGUGCAUGA